AUGGGUGAAGAAAUCACACCAGGAGAAUCAAAAGAACCAUUAGUGUCAAAUGAAUUUAAUGAAAUAUAUAGAUUUGAUGGAACAAAAGAAUUAGAAAAAGCAAUGGAACCUGAAGAAAUAGAAGAAAUAUUGAAAUAUGAAGAAUACGAAAAAUUGUUACAAUCAAAAGAAUCAGUAGAAUCAAAAGAAUCAGUAGAAUCAAAAGAAUUAGAAGAAUCAAAAGAAUUAGAAGAAUUAGAAGAAUCAAAAGAAUUAGAAGAAUCAAAAGAAUCAAAAGAAUUAGAAGAAUCAGAAAAAUCAAAAGAAUCAGAAGAAUCAAUAACUACACAAAACAUCAUUCAAUAUUCUCAUAUAACAGAAGAAACAUUUAAUUUUUUUGUUGAAUUAUCGAAAAGAUUUAAGGAAGUCAAAAAUUCAAAAAAUAAAUGUUUUUCAGAUGAUAUUGAUAAACAAUAUAAAGAGAAAAUUUAUGAAAUUAUACAGAGAAAUGAUUUUUCAUUUACAAUAUCGGCAUUUAAAUUUUACAUAAUCUUAAAAACAAAAACAUUUAAUGAAUCUAAAUUAGAAAAAUUUGCUAAUUUAGAUUUAAACACAAUUCAAAGUAAGUCUAACAGAUUGAAUUUUUUUGAAUGUUUUUUAUUAAGAUUUGUUCAUGUUUUAUCGUAUAAAUAUCAUAAUGAUUUUAAAGUCAUAAAUAUAAUAACCAUAAAUAUACUCAUAGAUUUGUUAAACGAGUAUAUUAAGUUUUAUUCGUAUUUUUUAAAAUUAAAAGAAGUGGUUUUUAUGAUAAACAAUGAUGAAAUCGAUAAUUUACAAAAUACAAAAAAAGAAUUUAUUGAUUUAUUUAACAAAAAUUUUCUUUCACAUAUUUCUAAUGAAGAAAAAUGUUAUAAAUGUAAAAAAAUCAUUAAUAGUAUAAACAGACAUUUGAAUAUUUAUGUAUUUCAUCCAAAUUAUAAAAUAGGAAAUUGUAUACUAUUUAAAUAUUUUGAAGACAUUUCAAAAUCAUUUGAUGAAAGACUUGAUAAAAAUGAUAAGAAAAAAAUUCUUAGAUUUUUAAGUUAUAUGUAUCUGGGCUAUAUACAUUAUACAUAUAACACAACUUUAGAGUUUGGAAGUGAAGAUUAUUUGAGGCAUGAAAAAUCAAGAAUUUUACAUAGUUUUAUUGAUUUAAUGAAUAAUCUACCAUGGAAUAUUGAUUAA